AUGAGGUUUUGGAGGGAACGUGAAAGGGAAAGUAAAGAGCAAAUCUUAGCUCCAUUGUGUGGCCAAGUUCGAGUCUUGGUGGUUGGUGAUUCAGGUGUGGGGAAAACAUCACUUGUACACCUUAUUAACAAAGGCUGUUCUAUUCAACGCCCAUCUCAAACUAUUGGAUGCACAGUUGGUGUCAAGCACAUAACGUACGGGAGUCCAGGUAGUUCUUCAAGUAGCAUUCAAGGAGACUCAGAGAGAGAUUUCUUUGUUGAGCUCUGGGAUGUAUCAGGUCAUGAGAGAUACAAAGAUUGCCGCUCUCUCUUCUAUUCCCAAAUCAAUGGAGUUAUAUUUGUUCAUGAUCUCUCUCAGAGAAGAACAAAAACAAGCUUGCAGAAAUGGGCUUCUGAGGUUGCAGCUACUGGAACUUUCUCAGCUCCUCUUUCCUCAGGAGGAGGUCCUGGUGGUCUUCCUGUUCCGUACAUUGUUGUUGGAAACAAAGCGGAUAUUGCUGCAAAAGAAGGAACAAAAGGAAGCAGUGGAAACCUUGUUGAUGCAGCUCGUCAUUGGGUUGAAAAGCAAGGUUUGCUUUCCUCAAGCGAAGAUCUUCCUCUCUUUGAAAGCUUCCCUGGUAAUGCCGGUCUCAUAGCUGCUGCUAAGGAAACUAGAUAUGAUAAGGAAGCUUUGAACAAGUUUUUCCGGAUGUUGAUAAGAAGAAGAUAUUUCUCAGAUGAACAACCAGCAGCAGCUUCACCGUGGUCUAUCCCACCCUCAUCAUCCCAACGGUUAGAUGAGAUCACAAGUGAUGAAGAUCAAUUUUACAACAGAACAAGUUUUCAUGGAGAUCCUUAUAAGUACAACAACACGAUACCGCCACUUCCAGCACAAAGGAACUUAACUUCACCGCCGGCUACACUCUAUCCACAGCAGCAGCCAGUGUAUACACCUGAUAACUACGCUAUACCGAGAUUCUCUCUUUCUAGUGUACAAGACACAAGCAACCAUGGUAGUAGUAGAUCUAAACGAAUGGAUAUUAAUGUUUGAAAAGUCUUCUCAUUGCAAGAAAACUACAGUAUGUUGUUUUUGGAUCUGUUAUUCUUUUGUUAUUGUUCCAUUUGGUUUUCUUCUUUCUUUCUUUGUGGUUGUAGUUGGUAAAGUGAAUAUGUGUGUAACCAAACCCUCUUUGGAUUUGUUCUUAUAACAAACUAAUUCUUUGACUGGUUUUUUUAUGUAUAUUCUUUUUAAGCCUGUGUCUGUAAGCUACGAUUGGUUCUUUUGGAAAUUGAAAUGGAAUUUGAAUCUG